CAGUUAAGCUGCGGGGAUCCAGGUGAAGUCCUCUAGCGCGGCUCCGGGUCACCGUCCUGCCAUGGCCCUGCUACUCCGGGCUGUCACCUGGGGGCUGUUCUCCAGGAGUGGCUACUGCCCCAGGGCGCCACAGCGCGGACUCAGCGGGGCCUUUGUGGAAGCUCUGGAGGCGAUUGUGGGGCGCCCCCAUGUGUCCACGGCUGCUGCAGUCCGAGAGCAUCACGGGCGCGAUGAGUCGAUGUACAGGUGCUACCCUCCUGAUGCUGUGGUGUGGCCCCAGAAUGUGGACCAGGUCAGCCAGCUGGCAGCCCUGUGCUACAGCCAAGGCGUGGCCAUCAUCCCAUUUGGCACGGGCACCGGCCUGGAGGGGGGAGUCUGUGCUCUGCAGGGCGGUGUGUGCAUUAACCUGACCCAUAUGGACCGCAUCAGGGAGCUGAAUCCUGCAGACUUCUCUGUGGUGGUGGAGCCCGGUGUCACCCGUAAAGCUCUCAACACCUACCUGCGUGACUGUGGCCUCUGGUUUCCUGUAGACCCAGGUGCGGAUGCUUCUCUCUGUGGCAUGGCGGCCACUGGGGCCUCAGGCACCAAUGCGGUGCGCUAUGGAACCAUGCGUGACAACGUGAUCAACCUGGAGGUGGUGCUGCCUGACGGACUGCUGCUUCACACUGCGGGCCAGGGUCGUCAUUUCAAGAAGAGUGCAGCUGGCUACAACCUUACAGGGCUCUUUGUGGGCUCCGAGGGGACGCUGGGUCUCAUCACAUCUGCCACUCUGCGCCUACAUCCUGCUCCUGAAGCCGCGGUGGCCGCCACCUGUGCCUUCCCCAGUGUCCAGGCUGCCGUGAACAGCACUGUACAGAUGCUCCAGUCUGCAGUGCCCUUGGCCCGCAUUGAGUUCCUGGAUGACGUCAUGAUGGACGCCUGCAACAAGUACAGCAAGCUGAACUACUCUGUGGCUCCCACGCUCUUCCUUGAGUUCCAUGGCUCCGAGCAGGCCCUGGCAGAGCAGCUGCAGCGGGCAGAGGAGAUCACCCAGUGCAAUGGCGCUUCCCACUUCUCCUGGGCCAAGGAGUCAAAGGAGCGCAGCCAGCUUUGGACAGCACGGCACAACGCUUGGUACGCACUCCUGGCCCUGGCUCCAGGCCACAAGGGCUAUUCUACCGACGUGUGUGUGCCCAUCUCCCGGCUGCCGGAGAUCCUGGUGCAUGCCAAGGAGAAGCUGAAGGCCUCAGGACUCACAGGAGCCAUUGUUGGACAUGUGGGCGAUGGCAAUUUCCACUGCCUCCUGCUGAUGAACCCAGAUGACGCUGAGGAGCUCCAGAGGGUCAAGACCUUUGCAGAAGAGCUGGCCAGGCAGGCACUUGCACUCGGUGGGACAUGCACUGGGGAACAUGGCAUUGGCAUUGGCAAGCGGCAGCUGCUACAGGAGGAGGUAGGCCCCGUGGGCUUGGAGACCAUGCGGCGGCUCAAAGUCAUGCUGGAUCCCCGAGGCCUCAUGAACCCAGGCAAGGUGCUAUGAGGAGCCCAGGAUUUGGCCAGCAAGCCCCUAGAUGACAGCCUGACUUCUGGAAACACCAGCCCGACAAGGGGUGGACAGUGGUUGAAGCCAUCUCUGCCAGCCCUCUGUAGUAGGGGCUUAUGGCCAGAAGGCCAAGAAAGAAGCUGAGCUCCUUGCUGCCCUCAGGAACCUUUGGUCCAGUAAAGGAGGCUGUUUCCUCUGUGCUUUACACAUCUGUCCUUGCUGGGAGAGCCAGCGUGGGUUACCUCAUGACAAAUCACAUGCCUUCUCUGAGACCACCCCUGUGCUGGGGCCCAGGACCCUUUACCCACACCUGAUAAUAGGAACACUCCUUCCCUAGAAUGGGAAGGGCCUUCCCACCUCAGGAGGGUAGGUCUUCUCUUUGGGGUGCCCCAAAUGAAUCUGAAAUGCUUGUGCAGCUGUCUGGAGAUCAGCAAGCAGCAUCUCCCAAAGCUACCACCCUCUCCCCUGCAGAGUCCCUGUCCUGGGGCCAGUGACCCAUUCAUUGUUGGGCCCAUCCCCUGACAGAGCGGCUGGGGAGGGGGAUGUUGCUCAGGGUUUGGAAGGAAACUAGAUCUCUGUCCCACCUUCAGGCAGAGGAGGUCACUUAUGAUAGCCUCACCAGGCCUGAAUUGGGCCUUAGAACAGCUGGUACUGAUUUUGAGAAAUGAAAGAUUCUGCUCCUUGUCCCACAUCUUUCUGUGGCUCAACGUAUUGUCCUACCAGCUUUUGCCCUCAAAGGCCAGGUCAGCCCAGCCUGGGGCCUGCGUGUCUUGGGAUAAAGCCAGAGCCUUUAUUGGGGUGCUCAGUAACUAAUCCUCCUAAGCUCACAAGAGGGCGCCUGACACCAGAAAGCUCAGACCCUACAGCGUCUGCUCUGGGUAGCUGUGGCCUAGGACUCCUCCGUGCAAGGCCUGUAGUGCUCAGCUGUGGGCCAUCCACUUCCCAGGGCUUGGGAGGGACUCUGUGGCCAGUCUAGCCCCUACCCACUACAGGUUCCAGGAGCCUUGAGUGCUGUCCAUGUCCCCUACCCCAGAAGGCCUUUGAUCUUUUAGUGAAGAUGGGUGGGGGGGUGCAACAGAGCCACCGCAGAGGUCAACAGUACCUCCUGCUCACCUCACAACCUCCCCAAAGCCCUGGUGGCCCCUUAACACCCCUCUCACGGGCCCUGGGCAGAGGCAGCCACCCUGGAACUCGCUCAGUCCAACCCUGGUUCUUGGGACUCUGCUCAUACUGGGCUCUAGCAGACAGCGAUGGAUGUGGGCUUGAGGACACUCUUCGGUGACAUUCCUGUGUGCAGCUGCCCUGGUUGGGAGCACGUGAUGCCAAGGAUGGUUUGGUGGCAAGUCCCAGUGGCCCUCUUCCCUCACCAGCCAGAGCACGCUCACCAUGGAGAAUGUUCUCCAGCCCUGCCCCUCCUAGACCACCUGCUCCCACCAACCUUAGGGUGGAUUCUGCAGUGGCCAUCUGCCUCAGCAGGGCUUUUCUCUGACGUACCCUCCAGUGAUCAACAGCUACUGGGCACUCACAAGCAACCAUUUACCUACAAUUUCUUUUAUUAAGAAAAAUUUUAAAUAUACAGAAAAGUUGGAAACAAGUACACCAUUCACUGAAAUACCAGCCACUGAAGAUUCAACAAUGGACACUUUUGCCUUAUUUGCUUUGUGUAUUUUGGGGGAACCAUUUAGCAUUAGAUUACAAAUUUCUCGAAAGCAUUCACCUAUAUAAUUCCGCAUUAUUGCCAAAGGUUAAGGACAUUCUAUAAACCCCAACACUAUUAAAUGGCUUUUAGAUGA